UCGGCCGGCCCGCCUGCUAGGAGUGGGGGGUGUGGCGAUGUGGCAAGGGCUGUUUGGACUCCUAACUUUAAGGCAGAGGAUCGGGGGAGGUGCACAGCUGCACCGUCGGCUGUGCACGUUCGGCAGCAGGAAGUUCAGCGCAGGCAUGGAGGCAGCGGCGAAGCAGAAAGCUGGCUACAUGGCCGUGGACAACCAUGUGCAGAAUAACCAAGCAUUGGGUAUCGGGAGUGGAUCCACAAUAGUCUUUGCUGUGGAGAGAUUAGCCAAGCGGGUUCAAGAAGAGAAUCUACAAGUUGUGUGUGUGCCUUCCUCCUUCCAGGCUCGUCAGCUCAUCCUAAAACAUGAGCUGCCCCUCAGUGACCUGGACAGACACCCUGAGCUUGAUGUUGCCAUUGAUGGUGCUGACGAGGUGGACUGUAACCUCAAUUUAAUCAAAGGCGGAGGAGGCUGCUUGACUCAGGAGAAGAUUGUCGCUGGCUGUGCAAACAAGUUUAUCAUUAUUGCUGAUUACAGGAAGGAUUCUAAAAACCUGGGUGAGAACUGGAAGAAAGGAGUUCCAAUCGAAGUCAUCCCGAUGGCUUAUGUGCCUGUGACCAGGGCGAUUGUCACUAAGUACGGAGGGAAUGUAGAUCUGCGAAUGGCUGUCAGCAAAGCAGGACCAGUAGUAACGGAUAAUGGGAACUUUAUCCUGGACUGGAAGUUCAGCAAUAUUUCCGAUUGGAAAGAUGUCAAUGUGGGCAUUAAAAUGAUCCCAGGAGUGGUGGAGACGGGGCUAUUCAUCGACAUGGCGGAGCGAGUUUACUUUGGAAUGAAGGACGGAACUGUCUGCUGUCGGGAUAGACUGUUGCACUGACGAACCACCAGAACUGAGUCUUCCUUUCAAUAUGAAGAUCACUUUGCCUUAAACUUUCUGAUUCAAUAAGUUAUCCUGCCAAAUAUCUUUUUUUUUUAAAACAUCGUUUCUACGCAGCCCCUGACAGAUACUCAGCCUUGCGGGAGUAGCUGUUCACAGUUGCCUUAUUUUGAGUUGUUCAUUCUGGGUGGGGGCAACGUAGAUUUCUACCUCAGCCUCCGUGCUGCUGAUUACAAGGCCCGGAGAUGUGGGUUAUCUCUGUGCUUAGGUCGUGUGAAGAUUAAUGGACAGUGGGCUGAGAUGCAACUCCCAGCAAUGGGGCAGCGUAUGUCUUUGAGACUUCUAGAUUACGAGCUGUCUCUGUGGAUCUGUGUCACUACAGAAGGGGCAGAUGGAAUGUGCAGAUCUUCAGAAACAUCGUGGAGUUGGCACUCCACUGUCAUCUGGUUUACUGACCAGAUCUUGACGGAGACAUUGAUGAAGGGACACCUAUCUCACAUUGACAUUGAAAUUGUGGUCAGGGAUUUGUGAGCAGAGCCUAGGCUGUGUGCAUUCCCAUCCAGUUGUAUUACUGCCUGUUGUUGCCAGGUACUGGUACCAGUGUCGACAGCAGCAAUUGUGACUAGGUCAGGGAAGCCACGUGAGAUGCUCCCUCUGACUCCCAGGGCAAGCACUAAUUCGCUGAAGGUGUAAACCCUGGCUGAGAGGUAUUCCAUUGUUUGCAGAUCCCUGGUGAACCAGAGAUUGCUAUCUUGUCACUGUGGGAACUGACUUAUUAUUUACAGUUGCUAAUGUCAUUCGAGCAUUGUCUGAGCCUGGUAGUGGGUUCUCAGCCUUAAAGGUCCCAUCACCACCGUCCUGCUUAGUGUGAUCAGUGUUUGUUUUAUAGAUUCUCGCCCAUCCUGCCGCUGACUGGUGCUUGGAAAUUCUCAGUUAGUUAAUUCAAUACACUUUUUAAAAAAAAUAUAUAAAAUGCAUCCUUUUGGAGAUCUG